AUGUCUAUUGAACUGGUUUUGAGGUGUAGCAGGAGGACAAGGGGAGGUAAUGUGGUUAUUUCAUUCCUCCGUGGGAUCCUGAUGCUCAGCGGCCACCCCUUAUUGCUCAGGUGGCUUCCCUACUGUAGGACCAACAUUAUCGCUCACACCUACUGCGAGUUCAUGGCACUUGUCAAGCUGGCUUGUGCUGAGACCCUGGUCAUCCGAACCUACGGCCUCACUGUCGCCUUCCUCGUAGCAGGGUUGGACUUUCUGCUGAUCAUCUGUUCGUACAUCCUCAUCCUCCGGGCUGUGUUCCGCCUUCCCUCCAAAGACGCCCAGCUCAAGACCCUGGGGACAUGUUGCUCCCACGUUUGUAUGAUCUUGGUGUCCUACAUCCCAGCCUUCUUCUCCUUCCUCACACACAGGUUUGGGCACCACAUCACCCCCGACAUCCACAUCUUUGUGGCCAACAUCUAUGUCCUGGUGCCCCCUAUGGUGAAUCCCAUCAUAUAUGGGGUGAGGACCAAAAGGAUCCAUGAGAAAGUCCUCAAAUUCCUCUUCCCCAUAAAGUCCUAA